AUGGCCUUGAUGACGUCAUCAAAAAUUUCGAGUGUGUGUCCGUUAAUUUCUUCAUUGUUGCUUAUUGGUCGGAAGACUUUAAGUAAUUCAUGGCUUGUCACACAACGACGAGGAGUUGUUCGUGGCAGAAUUAAUAUGGUCAUAAAUUUUGUGCCACAGCAAGAAGCUUGGAUUGUCGAGCGUAUGGGAAAGUUCCAUGCCAUCUUAGAGCCUGGUUUCAAUGUUCUGAUUCCAAUUUUGGAUCGCAUAAAAUAUAUCCAAGUAUUGAAAGAACUGGCUAUUGAAGUACCACGACAGGGUGCUGUGACGAGUGACAAUGUGCAAUUGCAAAUCGAUGGGAUUCUUUAUCUGCGAAUAGAAGAUCCGUAUAAAGCAUCUUAUGGUGUUGAAGAUCCAGAAUAUGCGAUCACACAGCUUGCGCAGACAACGAUGCGUUCAGAAGUAGGCAAGAUUAAUCUGGAUACUGUUUUCAAAGAACGUGAACAGCUUAACAUCAAUAUUGUGGAGUCAAUCAACAAAGCAGCCGAGCCUUGGGGAUUACAGUGUAUGCGAUAUGAAAUUAGAGACAUGACGAUGCCAAUCAAGAUUCAGGAAGCAAUGCAGAUGCAAGUAGAAGCUGAACGACGGAAGCGUGCUGCAAUUUUAGAGUCAGAAGGAAAGAGAGAAGCCUCUAUCAAUAUCGCAGAAGGAGAGAAACGAGCGCGUAUUUUGGCAUCAGAAGCCUCGAUGUUAGAAAAAGUAAAUGAAGCCAAGGGAAAGGCAGAAGCAAUUCAAAUUAAUGCUCGGGCUCAAGCCGAUAGUAUACGAUUAGUUUCGGACUCAUUAAAUAAAACAGGGGGCUAUGAUGCAGCAUCGCUCUCAGUUGCUGAAAAAUACGUAGCGGCUUUUGGUCAACUAGCUAAAGACACAAACACAAUAAUUAUUCCUUCGGAUAUAUCAAAUCCGAGUAGUAUGGUUGCUCAAGCGUUAGCUCUCUACAAUGAUUUAACGAAAAGGAAAGAAACAUCAGUGUAA